AUGGAGAGCGCGGCGCAGAGCCUCGUAAGCAAUGUGGGGACACUGGUGGGGCAGGAGUUCAACCAGCUGCGCGGCGUCGGCGUGGAGGUGGCUCGCCUUCGGAACGAGCUGGCCACCAUCCACGCCCUCCUCCGGAUGCAGUCGGAGGCCGACGAGGCCGCCGUGGACCACUUCGCCCGCGAGUGGCUGAAGCAGCUGCGCGAGGUGGCCUACGACGCCGAGGACUGCGUCCACCUCUACCACUUCCGCAUCCGGUGCCGCUCCGGCCAGCUAUCCGUCUGGACCAAUUGCAAGCGCCUCCUCACCACCCUCCUCGCUCGCCGCCAGCUCGCCGGCGACAUCAGGGCGCUCCGUGCGCUCGCCUCCUCCAUCAACGAGCAGCAUUGCAGCUACGGGUUCAGCCUCGACUCGCUGCGGCGCAGCACGGCCGAUGCAGCAGCUUUAGGCACCAUGCCGGCAUCGGCGCGUGUCGUCGUCGUCGACGCCGAUGAUCAUGAUGAGUUCGUCGACAACAAUGGCCAAGCUACGGAGCUAGCCAACAAGGUGAGUGCACUAAGAGAGGGAGUUGACGAUGACAAGAAGCGCAGGGUGUUCUCCAUCGUGGGGUUCGGAGGGCUCGGGAAGACGAUGCUGGCGAGGGAGGUGUGUCGGCGGCUGGAGACGGUGUUUCACUUCCAAGCGCAGGUGGCCGUGUCGCAGACAUUCAGCGGCAAGGACCUUCAGGGAUUGCUCAGGCGCGUUCUUCGGCAGAUCACGCAGCCUAUCGUCGACCGAGAGACUGUAGACGACGCAGAGAUCACCCAGCUGCAAGCGGCUGCGGCUAGCUCGCAGCCUAAUGUUAAUAUCGACACCAUGGAUGUCGACGACCUGGCAACCGAGCUCAAAAAGAGGCUCGACAACAAGAGGUACCUCAUUUUGAUCGAUGAUGUAUGGAGCAUAGCAGCUUGGGAUGCGAUCCGGUCCAAGUUACCAGUCACAGACAGCAAUUGCGGCAGCAGAAUCAUAGUUACCACUCGUAUACAUACCGUGGCAAAAGCAUGCAGUGCUGCUAGUGAUUACAUCCAUCAUAUGAAGAAGCUAGACGAUACAGAAUCCAAGCAGUUGUUCAUCAGCAAAGCAUUUGGCUCUAAAAGUCCUUGCCCUGAUGAUUUGAAAGAUGCAAUGGAAAGUAUCCUAAAAAAAUGUAGUGGGCUACCAUUGGCCAUUGUUAGCAUUGCCAGCCUAUUGGCAAACUAUAAACCUCCAGAAGGCAAAGAAAUGUGGGAAACAAUUAAGAACUCAAUUGGUUCACAGAUGGAAAACAACCCUACCCUCGAGGGGAUGAGGCAAAUACUCACACUGAGUUAUAACCACCUACCUCAUCACCUCAAGGCUUGCAUGAUGUAUCUUAGCAUUUUCCCGGAGGAUUAUAUGAUCGCCAAGGAUCGACUGUUGAAGAGAUGGAUCUCCGAAGGAUUGAUUGUUGAGAAGCGGGGAUUGUGCCAGAUGGAUCUUGCGGAAGGCUACUUUAAUGAGCUAGUGAGUAGGAAUAUGGUUGACAUGGUGAUCAGUAAGGCCACUUUUAAUUUGCAUCAAGGGAUCAGAGAAGACCAGUUCCGAGUGCAUGAUAUGAUGCUUGAGAUACUGGUGUCCAAAUCCCUAGAGUCUAACUUUGUUAGCCUAGUAGGUGGGCAGUAUGAAGGGAUGUCUUAUACUGAUCACACAAUUCGCCGUCUCUCCAUACAUGGUGGAGUAGAGGCAGGAAAGGACCCUUCUUCAUCAUCUAAAAAGAUGGCAGCGCAUCGUGGCACGGGGGGAGAUAGCAUAAAGGGAAUGAUGAUGCAACAUGUCCGAUCACUAAGCAUAUUUGAUCCUGAAGCGCACAACAUUCUUUCUCGGCUAGGCGAGUUCACCCUGCUAAGGGUACUUGAUCUAGAAGACUGCACUGGCCUAACAAACAAGCAUAUGAGUUGUAUCUGCCGGAUGUACCUUCUAAGGUUCUUGAGCUUGAGAGGUACAGAUGUCAAGGUGAUGCCAUCAAGAAUUGGUGAUCUCGAGCAUUUGCAGAUGCUUGAUGUACGUCAAACACAGCUCAAGGAUCUGCCAAAAUCAGUUACAAAGCUAGAGAAGCUGGAGCACCUGCUAUUCUUUGACCAGGGUGAUUCUGGUUGGAUGCUGCCCCAAGGGAUCAACAAAAUGAAGGCACUACGCCAGUUAAAAAAAGCAGCUGUGGUAUUUGAUGCCAAGGUCGCUGAGGAGAUUGGUGCACUGGGUCAAUUGCAAGAGCUAGCUAUCUUUGUCGACACGGGAAAGAAAAUGAAUAAUGGUGUCGUCAAAAAGCUUGCCAGCUCCCUGAGCAAGAUGUACUCCCUGCGAUGGCUCGACAUCGGCAAUCUUGAUGCCGGUAAAUGGCCUUUUGCUCCAAUAAUGGAAUUUCUACAUGAUAUAGAGCCACCACCACAACUGCUCCGGUACCUUAGGAUCUGUGGGCACAUGGACAGGUUGCCUGACUGGGUAGAGUCACUCCAUGAUCUUGUUGAAUUGCAGUUACGGUGGACGCACGUUGAUGGUUUCCAACUAUUCAACGUCCUCUGUAAGUUGCCCAACCUGAAGAGGCUAUUCCUGGGAAUUUACUUUAUUCACGGAAAACAUAUGGUUGUGCACAGUAGCCAGCACUUUCGGGAGCUCAAGGAACUGAUUCUGGGUUAUACUCCUAGUAGUUGUGAUGUUUACGAAUUUGAGGAAGGAUCCAUGCCAAAUGUGGAGAGGCUAGUUGUGUAUUUCGGCGACCAAACUAAAAAAAUUGUUGGCAUUGAGCACUUCAAGAAACUUAAAGAGGUUGAAUAUAUUGGUUCGAAAGACAAUUUGAGACCUGUACUAGAGCCGGUAGAGCAGAUGAAUAACAAGCGAGACGUGUCCCAACGGAUAACAAUUAAAGUGAGGUAUGACUGGUAAUGUAUAUUUCUCUUUUCCAGAUUAAACGCUUUAGUGAGCCUAUGUCUCCACUCUAGACCCAGUGCAUUUACGGGUCUGUGAUUGAUCCACGCCAACCCGUUAAAGGGCCACAUGUCAAUUUGCACAACUUGUUACAUACAUAUCUAUUUGGGUUUUUUUGAGGCAAUCUAUUUGGGUUUCCCACGAUAGCUAUUUGCACAUCUUUGUAUAGUCGUUUAAAGGCUAUAUA